CCAGCCGGGCGGCCUGCAGGCGCCGGACAGCGCCGGCCCCGGCUGUCAGGCCGUGUGUGAAAGUCCAUCGGCCGAUCGAAGGGGGCGGAGAGGGGCCGGGGGUGUCACGCCGUUUGCCUUUCAGGUUACAGUCAUUGCCAUUAACCCUUUGGUGUUUACCCCACGAUCAGACAGAGAAGGCUUUGGGGCCUGUCGUGCUGAGUGAAGGUUGAAAAGAUGGGAAAUGCAGAAAGCAAUGUCUAUCAGAAUUACCUUUCCAGAUUUCUUCCUGAGGAGCAGACUGACAUUGAUGAAGUAUUUGAUGCCUUAUCAGGAUCCAGUGGCUCAGCUGGAGCAAAAAAUGUCAAAGCUACAAAGAAAACUGUGACUCUGGCAGCACUACAGGCGUAUUUGCGAGAGCCAUUGCCAGAGCAAAUGACUGUUCGGUUGUACAAUGGAAUGAAAAGUAUUGACCUGACUGGGAAAUCAUCUGGGCUGAGUGAACAGAUUGCUAAGGAGCAAUUUGUAAUUUUUAUGUCAAACCUCUUAAAAGGGAAUGCAAAUGAGAAGAUUACCAUAAUAAUGAGAAUGAUCUCCAAGACAGAAGGGCCUGUGAAGGGCAAACAAAUCCAAGAGUUCACAGAGGAUCUGAUCAUGUCUGUAGUCCAUGUACUGAGCUACAGGAAGGAGCUGAAAGGUUGGAAUUUGGAGAAUACCAGGGAUUCUGAAAGUGGAGUAAAAGCUCUGGCUUCUCAGCUGCUAUCAGAAUUGAAGCUUACAGAUGGGACAAAACCUGUGGGUCCUCAGCUGAUGGAGACAAGUUUUGAUCAACGUGUCAUUGAGGAUUGGGUGUACCGAGUUCCACAGAUCUCAAUUUUCCUCAGUGUUGUUAUCAGGCAAGGCCUCCAUGUUCUGUAUUCUCUCCCAGACCAAACUAAUGACAUCCUCAACCUGGUUCCACGCUGCAAAGGCAUCAAAGGAAGAGGAUUUGUCAGCCUCCUUGACAUCCCAUCCAUCAUAUACAUCAACUCCCAUCUGCCUGCAGAGCUCCAGCACAAGUGGCAACUUUUAUUUUCUUCUAGACUUCAUGGAGAAAGCUUUUCACAGUUAUGUGGGCAUAUAGUGGACAAAGGUCCUUGCAUAAUGAUCUUAAAGGAUUUAGAUGGUUAUAUCUUUGGUGGGUUUGCAUCUCACUCCUGGGAGGUGAAGCCACAGUUUCAAGGUGACAACCGAUGCUUUCUGUUUUCUGUUUAUCCCUCUCUUGCUGUGCACACAUACACAGGGUAUAAUGACCACUACAUGUAUUUGAACCACGGCCAACAAACAAUGCCAAAUGGACUUGGUAUGGGUGGACAACAUGAGUACUUUGGCCUCUGGAUAGACAGUGACUAUGGGAAGGGCCAUAGUAAAGCCAAACCUCGAUGUACCACCUACAACAGUCCCCAGCUGUCAGCAAAAGAGGAUUUUACACUGGAUGCCAUGGAAGUUUGGGCAGUGGGAGACCUCCCUGAACGUGCAGGGACAAAAGGUAAGAAGAGUAUCCUGGAUGUAGAUCCUGAGGCUCAGGCCUUGCUAGAAAUGAGUGGAAAAAGUCGUCAUAGCGAAGGUCUACGAGAACCUGUUGAAGAGGAUGAUGAUGAUGAAAACUGAAAGAAUCACAGUAACAUGAAGAACCUCUGGUUUAUUUUGCUCCUGAAUGUUCAUGUUCCUUGGACUGGAUUUUUUUUCCUGAUUUUUUUUCCUUAUCUGGGACAAAGCUCAAGCUUCAUACUUACAUAAUAUUAAACUCCAAUACAAUAUCCUGCCUGAAAGGUUUUGUUUGGAGAGGACUGAGACAUUAACUAGAUACUUAACCAUUAGACAUCUCUUAAGGUCUAGCUGAAUGUGAAUUUGCUAGCAGUCCUGAUACAUCCUGUCUGUAUAAUGAACUAAAAACAAAAGCCAAAGUUAUUGACAGCAUGGCUUACUGACUUGGAGAAUUGAUAUGUAUUUGAUAAAGAUUGUUGAAGACACCCCUGUGUCUCAGCUGCACUUAUUUAUUUGCAUGGAAUGGAAUUAGUCAGCAAAGCUUACAAGUGUUGCUGAUGGUCUCACAUUGAUAAACACAGAAUAGUCCAUGUGAUUCUAUAUGAGGGAUGCUGUUAAGUCACAUUGCUUCAGUUAAAGCACUAAAUGUCAUGUUUUCUAAUAUAAAUUUCAGCAAGUGACUCUAUAUGGUCUCUAAGAUGUACAGAAUGCCAAGCAUACAGGAUCCAGAUCUAUUAUACUACACACUACACCUUAGUGCAUUUCACCUAAGAUGUUUCUGCAGAAGUUUCCUUGCUGCUUUUUAAACUUAGUAGAACAGAGCCAUUGGGAGUCAUUCAGCCAUGCUCAUCCUAAGAGCAGGUCAUAGCUCCAGCAGAGGCUCUCUGGGGAAGAUACCACCUUUAGUAGCCUCACUUGAGACUGGAGUAAAAGAUGAGGCUGUAAAAAGGAUUAGGAAGCACUCACAGUUAAUUGGGAACAGUAGCUGCAGGUAACAUGAUUAUUUCUUUUACAGGGUUAUAUCUUAAUUAAACAAGUUGCUCCUGCUGUCCACUUUAUCUACACACAAUUAGUCUUUACUAUAUUGUGAAAAAAAAAAGCCUGCCAAGUGAAGUGUGACUAGUUGGUGGAGGUUUCUGCUCUCUUUUCUUGGCUGUUAUCAGUCAGUGUCAGGUCUCUUACACUCAGGGCUUUUUCUACUUGAAUCCCUUCACAUCUAUCAGUAAUUAUUAGUCUGACCUUGCUAAUUCAAUGUAUAACUAACUUGUCAAAAAUAACCCUAAUUUCUUCCAGGGACUGCCAUUUCUAACUCAACAAAUUGUGUUUGGUUGUUGGUAUGUAUGCAUGUCAGUCUGUCUCCUCCUAAGGAGAAGGACUUUAGAAAGUCCUCUUUGUCCUAGCAGGAUUUAUUCUUCCCUGCAGCUUAGAGUAAAAGAUGUGCUGUAACAGUCUACAGAAUUACUGUGAUUCUUGAUCAUGUGGCCUUCCUUCAAAUGAUUUCUUUUAGCAUUUUCAUGUAUGUGGUUUUUUAUUCCACCUGAUGUUUUUCCCAGGGAGCCAGAUUUGAACAUUCUGCAUAGUCUCCGCUUGUGCCUUAAUGAACAUCCUAUUUAAAAAAGAUAUUAAGCAGUAUGAAUUUAGCCUUGAAAGGAGAGCAUGAAGAAAAGGCUCCAACCAGACAUCCUAGAACUCAACUGUGCAUUUUGUAUGCUACCUGAACGGAGGGUUGAGGCAUAUAUGCUGUUUGUUCCAGUACAGAGGCUGCUGUGAAAGGCCUGAGCUAAUGUCCUUUUAAGUUGUAUUUGCUUAAAUAAACCAGAUAGUCACCCAAGUCUGUAACCUAUAGAAAAUAAAUGUAAGCAGUAAACACUUA